AUGUCUGUUGCAGAACAAUCAGUUUCAGGGCAUGAAAUUAUUGUGCCAUCGAAUUUACCAUCAAUUUUGAAAGAAUUCUGUAAGGCAGCUAUUCGAACACAACCAUACGAUUUACUUCAGUGGUCCAGUUCGUAUUUUCGAGCGUUGGCUGAUGGAGAAGAACCACCAACGAAAUUGAGAUUGGAAUAUCCACCACCAAAUACGGCUUCCGGUUUGACUCUUGGUUUCCUGAGAAUUUUACUUCGGCAGUUCGGUGAUUACAAUAAGUCGUUACCUGUGGAAACAAUACUAAGACGAUGGGACUGUCUGUGCUUGGAUCGUCGAGAUUUGAAUUUGAUUUUAAUGAUUGGAAAAUUUCGACGAAAAUGCCAAGUGAAAAAAUUUUUAGCCAUCGCUGUUGGACUUUUAGGCUCCAGUCUUUUAGAAACAAUGGUUAUGAUUUGUGAGUUGUUCACGUAUGAACCUGAUGGUGGAUCGGCUAUGGUUCCCGUCACAUUGUUUCUGGAGAUAUAUGGAUAUCUAGCGGGACUUCGUUGUGACGGAAGUGAAAGAGAUCCUGCCGACGAGGAUCCAACAGAGUUUAUCGUGUGCGAUUCAGAUUAUUUAGAAGAUGAAGGGUUCAACAAAGAAAAGUGUUCUCUAGAUCGUGCUUGUUCAGUUGCGAGCCAAGAUACGGAAGCUGACGUAAAUUUAGAUCUCGAAUUGGUGUCAAGAGAAGAUGUUGAUUCUUCGAGAAGUGACAUAACGCCACAAUUAAGCGAAAGUUACACCAAUCAAAAGAAAAUGAUCGAAGAUGAAGUAAAACGAGACUCCUUUAGCGAGGGAACUUUAAAAAUGGAGCCUAAUAAUGAAAAUUUCAUUACCAAUAUUGAGCUAAGCAAGAAAGCAAAAUCUUAUAGCGAUCAAAAGUUCAGUAAAGAUGAAAAUGCAUCUAUGAAGAACAUGAUUAAUAGUAGUAGUUCGGGAGAAAGUUAUAGUAAGAAACAGAAUGUGCGAAGUAUGGGCGAUGGAAGUGGAAGUGAAAGAAGAAAAAAAAAGAAAGCUAUAGAUCCAAAAUUGCUAAAGUACUAUCCAAAUAUUCCGGGUAUUGGAGCACGUCUAUCAGCUGAAGAAGUAGCUAGCGUCGCAAUAUGGUUAAAUGAAUGCGCACGAGUACAAAAGGGUAUGGUUGGUCCUCGAAAUCUUCGGCAUAUGAACUGUCCUCCUUUAGAUAGACACCAGGUAUCGGAAUCAUAA